CAAAUCAAAUCAAAUCCAAUGGCUCCCGUUGUGUAGAGUAACGGAACAUUCUAGAAGAAGUUCAAACCCUAACUAUUUAAACUAACUCCCACUACGUCUCUCCUUCCACAUUGAAUCACAGUGUUGGUGCUGUGAUUUUGCAUCCUCUUACCUCUUAAACCUUUUUCGCUACGUGUGAAAUCCAUUAUGGCCGGAAAAGGAGAGGGACCAGCUAUCGGAAUCGAUCUCGGAACCACUUACUCUUGCGUCGGUGUUUGGCAACAUGAUCGAGUUGAAAUUAUUGCCAACGAUCAAGGUAACAGAACCACCCCGUCUUAUGUCGGUUUUACUGACUCCGAGCGUCUCAUCGGUGACGCCGCAAAGAAUCAAGUCGCCAUGAACCCUAUCAACACCGUUUUUGAUGCUAAGAGGUUGAUUGGUCGUAGAUUCAGCGAUGCUUCUGUUCAGAGUGAUAUGAAAUUGUGGCCAUUUAAGAUCAUUUCUGGCCCUGCUGAGAAGCCCAUGAUAGGUGUGAACUACAAGGGUGAAGAUAAGCAAUUUGCUGCAGAAGAGAUCUCUUCCAUGGUACUUAUGAAGAUGCGUGAGAUUGCUGAGGCCUACCUUGGCACUGCUAUUAAGAAUGCUGUUGUUACUGUCCCUGCUUACUUCAACGAUUCUCAGCGUCAAGCUACCAAGGAUGCUGGUGUCAUUGCCGGUCUUAACGUGAUGCGAAUCAUUAAUGAGCCCACUGCUGCUGCCAUUGCUUAUGGUCUUGAUAAGAAGGCCACCAGUGUUGGUGAGAAGAAUGUCUUGAUUUUUGACCUUGGUGGUGGUACUUUUGAUGUCUCUUUGCUUACUAUUGAAGAGGGUAUCUUUGAGGUGAAAGCCACUGCCGGAGACACCCAUCUUGGAGGUGAGGAUUUUGAUAAUAGGAUGGUUAACCACUUUGUUCAAGAGUUUAAGAGAAAGAACAAGAAAGACAUUAGUGGCAACCCCAGAGCACUCAGGAGGUUGAGGACUGCUUGUGAGAGGGCGAAGAGAACUCUUUCAUCAACUGCCCAGACCACCAUUGAAAUUGACUCUCUCUAUGAGGGAAUUGAUUUCUAUUCCCCUAUUACACGUGCCAGGUUUGAGGAGCUCAACAUGGAUCUCUUUAGGAAAUGUAUGGAGCCAGUUGAGAAAUGUUUGAGAGAUGCUAAAAUGGACAAAAAAAGUGUCCAUGAUGUUGUCCUUGUAGGUGGUUCAACCAGAAUUCCAAAGGUUCAACAACUUCUCCAGGAUUUCUUUAAUGGAAAAGAGCUAUGCAAGAGCAUUAAUCCUGAUGAGGCUGUUGCUUAUGGUGCUGCUGUUCAGGCUGCAAUCUUGAGCGGUGAGGGCAAUGAGAAGGUUCAGGAUCUUCUCCUUCUCGAUGUCACUCCUCUGUCUCUUGGAUUGGAGACUGCUGGUGGUGUGAUGACUGUCCUUAUCCAGAGGAAUACCACAAUUCCAACAAAGAAAGAACAAGUUUUCUCAACCUAUUCUGACAACCAGCCCGGUGUCUUGAUCCAGGUCUUUGAAGGAGAGAGGACAAGGACUAGAGAUAACAAUUUGUUGGGCAAGUUUGAACUUUCUGGCAUUCCUCCAGCUCCCAGAGGUGUUCCCCAGAUCACCGUCUGCUUUGACAUUGAUGCCAAUGGUAUUUUGAAUGUCUCUGCUGAAGACAAAACUACUGGGCAGAAGAAUAAGAUCACCAUCACCAAUGACAAGGGUAGAUUGUCAAAGGAAGAUAUUGAAAAGAUGGUUCAAGAGGCCGAGAAGUACAAAUCUGAAGAUGAAGAGCAUAAGAAGAAGGUUGAGGCCAAAAAUGCAUUGGAAAACUAUGCAUACAACAUGAGGAAUACCAUUAAGGAUGACAAGAUUGCAGGUAAACUUGAUUCAGCUGACAAGAAGAAAAUCGAGGACUCCAUUGAGCAGGCUAUCCAAUGGCUAGACAGCAACCAACUUGCAGAGGCAGAUGAGUUUGAGGACAAGAUGAAGGAACUUGAAAGUGUCUGCAACCCUAUCAUUGCCAAGAUGUACCAAGGGGGUGCAGGUCCUGACAUGGGUGGUGCAGCAGCUGAUGAAGAGUACCCUCCUUCCGGUGGAAGCGGUGCUGGCCCCAAGAUAAAUUUUUAUGGCCAUAAAGAGAUGUUGGUAGGCUCUGUUUUGAUUCUUGCAAAACAGACUGAAGAAUGAUGGUAAUCUGUUGCAUAACGAUUGUUAAACAUUCUGGAAAGUGUUUGAUCAUUCUGGAGAUUGAUAAUUGAUCUGGAUAUUUUAAACUUGAUCAUUCUGGACGUUUUCUUGAUCGUUCUUGAGGGUGUUGUGAUGUCUUACAUAUCUCAAGAUCGUUCAACGUUCUUGGCAGUCAGUCUAGAAAAAAGAUCAAUCUUGUGUUGAUCUUGCCUGAUUCAUGAUAUUUUACUUUUGUGAUUUGAAUUGUUUCUUUGAUUGGAAUUGAUCAUAUUUGUUCCUUGGACAGUACUGAUAAUAUUAGUGUUAAUUUCAUAAGCAGUAUCUUCUUCUAAUCAGUGGAGAUUGAUUGUUCUGUAAGCUGACUUGAUCAUUCUUGGUUAUGGAGAAAUUCUUCGUUUUCCAGAUUUUGUCAAGAAUGUUAUUCGUUCUUGACUACCUUUUUAUGUUAAUUUCUUUGUUUUGCUUAAAUCCUAUUUUUAAUUUAAUACACUCAAAAGUACAAGUUAAAUCAACAUAACAUCUAGAAUCAUAAUUAUCGUUCUUAAUUAACCUAUGUUUAUUUUCAUCAAAAAUUAAAUUGAGAAUUUGUCUUAACAAGAUUUUCUUCAGGGUGUACUAGACGUAGGUGAUUGAGGGGAUAUCAAAUGAUGUCAUGUUGUAGGAUCGAAGACGGAUUUUCUUCAGGGCAUAAAGAAAGAUAUAUCUUGGUGUUAUCUUGUAAGAUUCGAAGUGAUAUUAAUCUUGAAAGAAAUAGUUAAUAUUGCAUCUUGAAGGAUGUUUCAAGAUAUCUGGUUCAAUGUGGUUAGAGAAUAAAUAAUUGGUGUACGUAUGUCAUAACAUUGAUAAUAAAGGAAAAAAUUUU